AUGGGUUCCGUCGCGAAAUCACCGAUCCUGCUCGGCAGCGACUACACCACCUCCUAUGCCUUCUUCGAGGCCAUCUGGGAGGCUGGCAUCACCCAUGUCUUUGUCAAUUUGGGCUCCGACCACCCGUCCAUCAUCGAAGCCAUCACCAAAGGCCAGAGGGAGAAGCAGGAAAACUUUCCCAGGAUCAUCACCUGUCCGAAUGAGAUGGUUGCGCUCUCGAUGGCCGACGGCAUGGCGAGAUUGACCAACAAACCUCAGUGCGUCAUUGUCCAUGUCGACGUCGGAACCCAAGGUCUGGGCGCCGCCGUCCACAACGCUUCCUGCGGACGAGCACCCGUCCUCAUCUUCGCCGGCCUCUCCCCAUACACAAUCGAAGGCGAGUACCGUGGUUCGAGAACGGAAUACAUACAUUGGAUUCAAGAUGUGCCGGACCAGAAACAGAUCGUGGCCCAAUACUGCAGGUACACCGCCGAGAUCAAGGGUGGCAGGAAUGUCAAGCAGAUUGUCAACCGGGCUCUACAGUUCGCAACCAGCGAUCCUCAGGGGCCUGUCUAUCUCUACGGAGCCCGUGAGCCCAUGGAGGAGGACAUUGAGCCAUAUCAUGUCGAUCAGCAGGUGUGGAAACCUGUUGGACCAGCAGCCCUGCCACAAGAGGCUGUCACACUCAUCGCGGAGGAACUGGUGCGGGCCCAGGAGCCCCUGCUCAUCGUGGGCUACACCGGCCGCAAUCCUGCCUCGGUGACAGCCGCCGUGGCGUUGGCGGACAAGAUCCCUGGUCUUCGCGUACUAGAUACUGGCGGUUCCGACAUGUGUUUCCCAACUGAUCACCCCGCGGCUCUGGGCUUACGGUAUGGAGCUGAGCCGGCAAUUACCACUGCGGAUUUCAUCCUAGUGGUGGACUGCGAUGUACCCUGGAUUCCGACCCAAUGCAAGCCUAAGGCUGACGCCCGGAUCAUUCACAUUGACGUCGACGUGUUGAAACGGCAGAUGCCCGUCUUCUAUAUCCCGGCCUACGCUCGAUUCAGUGCUGAUUCCGCAACCUCGUUCAAUCAGCUGAAUGAAUAUCUGGCUUCACAUUCGAAUCUUUCUGCGGCUUUGUCGGACGAGGCGCACACCGCUGCGGCAAGAAAGAGACAACAGUCACACACAGCACGUUGGGGCCAAUUUAAGGAGCUCGCUAAAUUGCCUGCAGAUCCGUCGAACACUUCGAUAAAUCCGCACGUGCUGGGUGGUCAAAUCAGAGCAGCCGUGCCUCAAGACACCAUCUUUGCGGUCGAAGCCGUCACCCUCAGCACCUUCAUUGCCGACCAGAUCGCCCCUGUCCAGCCGAAAUCAUGGAUCAACUGCGGCGGCGGCGGGCUCGGGUGGUCCGGCGGGGGUGCCUUGGGCAUCAAACUCGCGUCGGACUUUGCGCACCGCGACAUGCAGUCUGGCGACCGGUUCGGCGCCAACAAGGGCAAAUUCGUGUGCCAGAUUGUCGGAGACGGCACAUUCAUGUUCUCGGUCCCUGGAUCCGUGUACUGGAUCGCCCAACGAUACAGCAUUCCGAUCUUGACGGUCGUGCUGAACAAUAAGGGCUGGAACGCACCUCGCAGGUCGAUGCUUCUGGUGCACCCGCACGGCGAGGGAAGCAAGGUGGACAACAAAGCGUUGAACAUCAGCUUUGAACCGACACCGGAUUAUGCGGGGAUCGCAAAGGCGGCGACGGGCGGCCAUGCGUGGGCCGGGACCGUGAGCACUGUCGCGGAGCUGCUGGACGCCUUGCCACAGGCGGUCGAGGCGGUCAAGGGAGGCAGAUGUGCGGUGUUGGAAGUCAAGAUUGGGGCCUAG